UUAUUUAUUUAUUUUUUUUAAACUCCGGCAAAGUUGGCCUUUGGGAGGCGGCGUAUUGUAACCGAGGGGUGGUUUCUUUUCCUGAAGUCGCGAUGUGCGAUAGCAGAUGGAAAACAAAGUGUUUUAUGCAUACGUUUCUAAGAUAAAAGAAAUGGACUUGGUGAGAAGAAGCCAGUCUGUAAAGAACACAGUAAGAAAAUUUAAGGUACCACCACCGGAGAGAAGUUGAAAGUGCGUUUGACUUCUGGUCUUGUCAAACGCGAGGUUUUCCGUUUCCUUCCGGGCCAAGUUGAACCUGUCCAGCCCCCGUAGGCCGUGGGUCAAAAGUGGCGGUCAAAAUGGAAGUGAAUCCCCCUAAACAGGAGCACCUGCUGGCGCUGAAAGUGAUGCGGCUGACUAAGCCUACUUUAUUCACCAAUAUCCCAGUAACAUGUGAAGAGAAAGACUUACCUGGAGAUCUCUUUAACCAACUGAUGAGAGAUGAUCCUUCAACUGUUAAUGGUGCAGAAGUUUUAAUGUUGGGAGAAAUGCUGACUUUACCACAAAAUUUUGGGAAUAUAUUUUUGGGAGAGACCUUUUCCAGUUAUAUCAGCGUUCAUAAUGAUAGCAAUCAAGUUGUAAAAGACAUAUUGGUAAAAGCUGAUCUUCAGACAAGUUCUCAGCGUUUAAAUCUUUCAGCCUCCAAUGCUGCAGUGGCUGAACUUAAACCGGAUUGUUGUAUUGAUGAUGUCAUACAUCAUGAAGUCAAGGAAAUUGGAACACACAUCUUGGUGUGUGCUGUGAGUUACACAACUCAGGCUGGAGAAAAAAUGUAUUUUAGAAAAUUCUUCAAAUUUCAGGUUCUCAAACCAUUGGAUGUGAAAACCAAAUUUUACAAUGCAGAGAGUGACCUCAGUUCUGUGACUGAUGAAGUAUUUCUGGAAGCCCAGAUUCAGAAUAUGACAACCUCACCUAUGUUUAUGGAGAAAGUUUCAUUGGAGCCAUCUAUUAUGUACAAUGUAACAGAAUUAAAUUCAGUCACCCAAGCUGGAGAAUGUGUGUCUACAUUUGGGUCAAGAGCAUAUUUGCAACCAAUGGAUACACGCCAGUACUUAUACUGCCUAAAGCCAAAGAAGGAAUUCGCAGAAAAAGCAGGCAUCAUUAAGGGAGUAACAGUGAUUGGAAAAUUGGAUAUAGUAUGGAAAACAAAUCUAGGUGAAAGGGGAAGGUUACAGACCAGCCAACUUCAAAGAAUGGCUCCAGGUUAUGGAGACGUUAGGUUGUCUUUGGAGGCAAUACCAGAUACCGUAAACCUUGAAGAACCUUUUCAUAUUACCUGUAAAAUAACAAACUGCAGCAGUGAAAGGACUAUGGAUCUGGUUUUGGAAAUGUGCAAUACCAAUUCCAUCCACUGGUGUGGAAUUUCAGGAAGACAGCUGGGAAAGCUGCAUCCAAGUUCUUCGCUCUCUCUUGCCCUUACUCUGCUUUCUUCAGUACAGGGACUGCAAGUAUGCUGUCUUUUCAAAAAUUCCAAUAUUUGGGGGCUGUUAACUUACAAAAAUUGGUUUUUCAAUGCAUCAUUAUUUAUUGCCAUAACAAAUUGUUUGGUCCAAAAUGAAAGCUAUAUUCAGAAGGUUUGCACCUCAAAAUUGAGUAAUAAUUAAUGA